UUUAUCACUUGCUGUUUUUCCAGAAGAGCCAGAAGCUUAUUGGCUAUUGCCGCUUCUUGCUGAGCGGCAAGCGUUUCCGCGUCUGUGUACAAGAAGCCAGCUAUUCAUUAUAUAGAUUUUUUCCUAUUAUACGAUAUUUAUAGUUGAUCGUAUAUUAUGAUUAUUUACAGUACAGAAAGAACAGAAUGUAUGGACAACGCAAUGAAAACAAAAUAAUACAUAUGAAAAAUAGAAAGAUAGAAAAUAGAUGGUUAUCUACUUAAAUAAAAGAGAAAAACUCUGAAAGAUCGAAAUCUAUUGAAGGAUAAAAAAUAGAAACAGAAAAGAAGAAUUGAAGUCUCUUUCCUUUCUAUUUUAUAACUAUACUUUUUAUGUUACAUUUAUACUUACACAAAUAAUUUAUAAUCAAAAUGACUACUGAUAUAAUAGCAAUGUUAAAAGAACCAAAAAUAACAAAGAUAUGUGCCCCAAUGGUUAGAUACAGCAAGUUACAAUUCAGAACACUUGUGAGGCGUUAUGGUUGUGAUAUAUGUUUUACACCUAUGAUCAUGGCAAAUUCGUUUGUACAAUCCUCAAAGGCUAGGGAGAACGAAUUUACAACAUAUAAAGAAGAUAAGCCAUUAAUUGUUCAAUUUGCAGCCAACACUAUAAAUGACUUCAUCAGUGCUACAGAAAUGAUUGCACCGUAUAGUGAUGGUGUGGAUUUGAAUUGUGGCUGCCCACAGCGAUGGGCUAUGAAAGAUGGAUAUGGAGCAGAUUUACUGAAUAAACCAGAGUUGGUAUACGAUUUGAUAUAUCAGAUUAGAAAUCGCAUUCCAAAACCAUUCACAGUAUCUGCAAAGAUAAGAUUGUUAAAGGACAUGCGCAAGACAAUAAUGUUAUGUCAAGCUUUGGAAAAGGCUGGUGCUUCAUUCUUAACAAUCCACGCAAGGACUCCCGAGAUGCGUAACGAGCCGAUCGAAUUAGACAAUCUUAAGCUCCUUAGAGAUUGUGUACGAUUGCCACUAAUUGCAAAUGGUGAUGCCAAAGACUUGGAAAGUGCAGAGACUCUAUUUAGAGAAUCAAGAUGUGAGGGAGUGAUGUCUGCUAGAGGUAUUCUAACUAAUCCAGCAUUAUUUUCGGGACAUUCCGCUACUCCACUUGUUUGUGUUCAAGAUUGGCUGGAUAUUACAACAACAAUACCAACUGAAUUCCAAUGUUUCCAUCAUCACCUGGUAUUCAUCUACUGUGGCAAUGGAUUACAGUUGAUCAUUGUUUGUUUUGUUGCGUUAACCAUUGGCAUUACUACUAUGCUGGUGUUACAGAUUCUUUACACUGACGAUAUGUCACAGAGUAAACUUCAUGGUAUCCAUGGAGCAGUUGCUACUGAUCAUUCAAAUUGCUCUCAAAUUGGCGCCAAGAUACUGAGAAAAUUAGGUAAUGCGGUGGAUGCUGCAGUGGCAGCGACUAUUUGCAUGACUGUAGUAGCACCUCAUAAAACUGGUCUUGGAGGAGGUGGCUACAUAAUGAUACAUAACUCGAAAAAUCAUACCGAUCCCAUUAUCAUCGAUUUUGCAAGUAACACAACAGAAGGUUUCUUCGCGAAAGCUGAGGUGCGUUUGCCAGCCCUACUAAGAGGACUGGAAUUUGCUCAAAGAUCAUACGGCACUUUGUCAUGGCGCGACAUUGUAGAGCCUUCUGCCAGGUUAGCCCGAGAAGGAUUCGUUGUAUCGAAAGAUUUUGUGGACGAAGUAUUGAAAAAUACUGAUUACGGGACGCUUUAUGGUCUUCUGAAUCCAGGCGACACAUUACAGUUGCAGGAACUUGCGAAUACGUUAGACAUUGUAGCAGAGCAUGGCGCGAAAGCAUUAUACAACGGUACUUUGUCGUACAAAAUUCUGCACAGCGAUAUUCUACACGAAAAUCUGCUGCAGCAGUUGGCGAGUUACGAACCUAUCGUUAUAGCCGCGGGAAGUUCGACAUUACGUCGUCAUGUAAUUUAUUAUCCGUCUCAUGCGAGCUCCAUGCAGUCAGUAAUCGAUGUGUUGGAGAGCAUCCCGGUUUUUGCGGGAAAUGCAUCCGCGAUAGAAUCGCAAGCUCUUGUCGCUCAGACAUUGACGCACUUAUAUUUAUUAUUGUCACAAAAUACGCAACCUGUGAAAAAGGAAACAUACACUGGAGUUAUGGCGACGGAUUGGCAAGAUACAUAUGUCUGCGUCUUAUCAGGUUUAGGUUCACCUUUAGGAUUGGGAAACAUGACUGCCGCCGGGUUUUUGUUAGACAAGAACGUCAAUGAGAACAGUCUAUCCACAUUCGUUCCUAUUAUUUUCCAUCAUGAGAAAGGAAGAUGCGGGUUACGUGGAAUACUCGGCUCGGACGAUGCUUUUCUCAAUGGACAAAUCCUGUACAAUCUUAUCGUGCGUGCCUUGAACGUUUCUGCUGCAAUAGAAUACCCCAGAUAUUACCACGUUUCCGACGGUAUGGUGAUUGAGAAUAAUCAAAGACACUCGAUGGAGACUGCAUUACGUAUUCGAUUACAACCCAUGAUAUCCUCGUUACCCACUGACGACAGUCUAUUCAUCAAGAGUGUUAACGCGAUUAUCAGGAGGAAAGACUCGCUGUCGAGUCACUCCGACAGUCGUGGAAAUGGGAUUGCGUCGCGAUUCUAAAUAUAUGUACGAUUUAUUGAUGAAUAUGUAAGGUCUGAUCGAGAAUCUUGAUUGGAGACCGCAAUACUGUGAUAUUAGAAGGUAAUCUCAGUUAUGUAGAACUUUCUACAAGCUCUCCUGUAUGCAUGAUAACUGAUUGUUCAACUUAUAUAAUCAUAUAGAAAACAAGAAAAUAGCAGGACGAUUAAUAUUAUAAACUUCAUUUCUAAGUAUAUUAUUCAAUAUUUUAAAUUAUAAUACUGUUUUAUAUAUGCGCGUCACAUGUACACACAUAAUUAUUACAGAAAGGAAAUAUUUCGCGUCAAUUUGCGUACACGGAAAAAAUAGCAUAGUUGGCCUAUGUAUACAUUUAAUUAUAAUCAGAUUUAUAUGUAUGGAUUAACCAUACUGUUUUUUCCGUGUGUAUAUAUAUGAAUAAUAUCUUCUAAAUCUUUUUUCUCCACUUUCUUCGAACUUCCGUAAAAUAUCUGUAAAACUAAUUUUUAUACAUAAGCGGAUUUUACAAAAGAGAUUUUAUAAAUAAUAAUAUUUUUAAAAUAUAUAAAAUUUUUAACAAG